GUGGGGAGGGCAGGGGCUAUCGCCGGCGGUGCAACUAAGGGCGCUGGGCGCGCCCGCGGCGCUUCGGGCGGUGCUGAUUAUGGCUUCGCCCCUGGCGCCUAGACGGGACCGCGCGGGCCGGGAGAAUAAGGACCGCUGGGAGGCGCGGGGGGACCGCAAGGCCCGGAAGCCCCUGGUGGAGAAGAAGCGGCGCGCGCGGAUCAACGAGAGCCUGCAGGAACUGCGGCAGCUGCUGGCCGGCACCGAGGUGCAGGCCAAGCUGGAGAACGCCGAGGUGCUGGAGCUGACGGUGCGGCGCGUGCAGGGAGUGCUGCGGGGCAGGGCUCGCGGGCUCGAGCAGCUGCAGGCAGAAGCCAGCGAGCGUUUCGCUGCCGGCUACAUCCAGUGCAUGCAUGAGGUGCACACGUUCGUAUCCACGUGCCAGGCCAUCGACGCCACCGUCGCCGCCCAGCUCCUGAACCACCUGCUUGAGUCCAUGCCACUGCGCGAGGGCAGCAGCUUCCGGGAUUUGCUCGGGGACGCUCUGGUCGGCCCCCCGGGAGACACUAGACGAAGCAGCUGGCUCACAGGAGGGGCCCUGGUGUCCCCGAUACCCAACCCCCCAGUCCUCAGCCCCCCAGUCCCCGGGGACGACCUGUGCUCUGACCUAGAGGAGGCCCCCGAGGCUGAACUGAGCCGAGCAUCUGCUGAGGGCCUGGACUUGGUGCCUGUGGCCUUGGGCAGCCUGACCUCUGCGGGCAUAGUCCAGAGCAUCUGGAGGCCUUGGUGACCAUCACCAGCCUGCCAGUCCUGAGCCUGCAAAGGUGAGCCCAGCCUUCCCGCCUCUAGUUCCUCCUCCCUGGAGUCCAGAUGUGGUGGGGCAGGGUCCUGAUGUCUCCCACAUCUGUCCUUUUCUAGCGGGUGGCUUGUAGGGAAGUCCUGGAGGACCAGCCCAGUCAGGCUCCUCGCCCUUUCCUUAAGAGAGUAACUUUUAUGGACCCCACAGUCCUAUUCCCCGCUCCACCCCCACCUCAAGGAGGGAGCUGCAGAGCUCCCACCAGGGCUCCCUCUCCCUGGCUUUUGCCUGUCCAGCCUUUUUGGGCUCUGUGUGGACCUUGGGGCAGGGGUGACCGGAGUGGUGCUGAGCCUCUCCUCAGUGCAGGGGCAGAAGGAGUCCUCAGGCCCUGGCAGCCCUGACCUGAGCAGAAACUUGAACUUGCCACUUCAGCCAGGGCACAGGGGAGGCAGGUGCAGAAUUGCCCAUAGCUGUCAGAGAAGCAAGGCUUUCUGUAUGUCUAGCAUUUAGCAGACUUGAGUUUGUAAAUUAGGUUGCUAUUGAACAUUCCAAUUUACUAAAUAAAUGAUUUUGGAGAGUUAGUUACCCUUCUGAAGUAUUACUGAAUGAUGUGGUGUCAUUAAUGUGUCAAAUAUAAAUACCAAACCAAGUAAGUUUUUCUUGUAUCUAAUGCUCACGCUUCGUCAGCAAAGCAAGCAGUGUAAUGGCAGUGGCGAUGGGAUACUCUGUCUCACAGUGGACAGUGCUUCCUCCUCCCUAUUGCACGGCAGCUCCAGAUGGGUUUCCCCUGCAGGUCCUUAGACCUGACCUGCUCUCCCAGGGGUUGUGUGCAGCCUGGAGAUGAAUAUCAUUGGCAUGGGGUUUGUCUCCAAAGUAACCAAGCAAUAGGGAAACAGCCUAUCCCCUGGGCCAUUCUCUGGUUCAUGAGCUCCCAGGAAUAAACGAGUGCUUCAUUUCUA